AUGACCACCACAACCACCACCACCGGGAACGGGGUCGAAAUUCCCGUCCCGGUCCAGCCCGGCAUCGUCAGCAACUGUGACAAGUUCUACCUUGUCCAAAAGGGCGAAGGCUGUGCCGACAUCGCUUCCAAGCACGGCAUCACCCUAGCCCAGUUCACAACAUGGAACUCCAAGACCGGUAGCAACUGCGCUGGACUGUGGGCAGACACAUACACAUGUGUUUCCAUCAUCGGGCACGACGCCACUCCAACCAAGCCCAGCACCCCUACCAACGGGAUCGAAACACCAUCACCCAUCCAGAGCGAGAUGGUCAACAACUGCAACAAGUUCCAUCUGGUAAAGACAACCACGACAUGCCUGUCUAUUCAAGACUACUACAAGCUGCCCCUGGCAGACUUUUAUAAGUGGAAACCGGCUGUAGGCACAAAUUGCCAGUCGCUCCUAGCAAACUACCACGUCUGCGUUGGAGUUAGCAGCUCAACACCUACCCCAACACAGACGGGCAGCAACAACGGUAUCGAAACGCCUUCUCCGAUCCAAAACGGGAUAGCCAAGAACUGCAACAAGUUUCAUAUGGUUAAAACGACCACAACUUUCGCCUCCAUUGAGAACUACUAUCAGCUCCCUCUAGCCGACUUCUACAGAUGGAACCCAGCUGUGGGCACCAACUGUCAAUCCCUGCUUGCCAACUGCUACGUCUGCGUCAGUGUUGUCGGCUACACACCUACCCCUACGACACCUGGAAACGGCAUCUCAACACCCACGCCGAUUCAGACGGGCAUGACCAAGGACUGCAACAAGUUCCACCUCGUCAAAUCAACCACCACCUGCGCGUCCAUCCAGAACUACUGCAAGAUUUCCUUCGCCGACUUUUACAAGUGGAAUCCUACCGUUGAGUCUACGUGUACGUCCCUGUGGACUGACUACAACGUCUGUGUGGGUGUCAUCGGGCAGACGCCGACGCCGACGCCAACCAACCCGGGCAACAGCAUCUCGACGCCUACGCCUAUCCAGGCCGGUAUUACCAGUAGCUGCAAGAAGUUUCAUCUCGUCAAAUCCACACCGGCUUGCGCCUCGAUCCAGAACUACUACAAGAUCACUAUAGCAAACCUUUAUAAGUGGAACCCGGCUAUUAGUUCUGACUGCAAGAGCCUAUGGGCGGAAUAUUAUAUAUGCGUUGGGGUUUAG